UAGAAACUCUCGCAGACUCCUGUAGGAGCUCUUCAGCGGUCGUCCUGGGAAGAAGGCAGAAGCUGAGAUCACUGCUGUGCACAGGAUAAAAGGUUCUAGCCAUAAUUAUGGCUUUUCCUCCAUCCCAGAGACUCUGGGUGGGGAUGUUGGUGGUAGUGGUGGUGGCUGAGCUCCCUGGAGCCCAGCAGAAGUGCAUCUUUGAUGAGGUUCAGGCUCAGCUCAGGGUGGUCAGAGCUGCACCCAAUGGGCCCGGACUCAGGCCCCCGGAGGUGCAAGGGCACCCGGUAAACUCUGGGCGACGAACCAGUCGUCAGAGACGUUCGAAAUCACUUCUGCGUGGCCUCUCAGUGAAACAGAGGCGCAGUCUGGGAUGGAUAGCCCCGCCCGCUCCUGCCUCUCCACAGCCAAUCAGGAUCCACACCUGGAUUCCAAGAGGGAGGGACGACCUAUCAGACACUGAGAAAGAAAGACUGAAGUCAGCAGUGGAAGAGGCUGUGAGGGUGGUGUCUUCUUUACUAUCAGUGAACAGAGCACCGGGCCCGUUGCUGCUCAGCAGAGACAUCAACAAAUACUGCAAGUUUAUCUGGAGCAAUUCAAGAAGCACCAACUACAACAGAUGUGGUCGAGCCAACAGCAACUAUAGGAAUGAGACUUGUCUGGACGUGACAAUCCCGGAUGAUCACCUGGCCGGAUGUGAUGUUUACCCAGAGCCUGAUUCACCUCACAGGACUGUUCUCAGACCUGCAGGUGCUGGACUCCCCGACACCGACUUCCUGCUGUACCUCCACAUACAGUCCACUGACAAGUGUAGAGCAGAGCCUGAUGUAUUGGCCUACGCUGUCCACUGCCGGACAGACACCCAUGGGCGGCCUGUGGCUGGGGUAGUAGUCAUCUGCAGAGACAGGCUGACAGAAGCCUCUUACAACCACCAGGCUACAGUGCAGACUGUGAUCCACGAGCUGUUCCACGCACUUGGUUUCUCUAAAGAUCUCUUCCACACCUGGACAGACUGUUCCUCCUCUUCUCAAGCAGGUGCUGGAUGUUCACCUCGGGGGAAAGUGAUCCACUCUGAUGGAUCGGACCAGAUGAGGAUCUACACCCCGUCUGUCAUCUCCGCCCUGCAGACGCACCUGGCAUCAGCUGACCCUGAGCUAGGAGGGCCGCUGGAGAACCUGGGUGUACCCUCAGGCAGAGUGUCCUCUCACUGGGAGUCCCGGGUCUUGCGGGGAUCCAUCAUGGCAGCAGUGCUGGAGGACUCGACCGCAGUCAGGAUCGACCCGGUCACUUUAGCUGCAUUACAAGAUACGGGCUGGUACACUGUCAACCAAAGCCAGGCACAGAGCCUGGUCUGGGGUGAAGGUGAAGGAGCCUCGUUCGGCUCCCUGUCAACCUGCCAAGACAACUCUUCAUCCUUUUUCUGCACCGGCAGAAGACUUGGGUGUCAUUUUCUUCACCUCCACAAGGGGGAGUGCCAAACCGAUCCAUACCUGGAGGGAUGUGGGGUGUUUAAACCCCUGAAGAACGCAAGUGAAUGCUGGAUAAAGGAAAAUGCCAGGCAGUCCGCUGACGACUGGAGUGGGGAGAUUUUGGGCUUCGACAGCCGUUGCUUCUUCUCCAGCCUGACCAGACAGAGCCAGUUUCCUGUGUUCAGCAGCUCUGUGGAGGGCCGCUGUUACAGACACAGGUGUGUUGGACCAAACAGGUAUCAAAUCCAGGUGUCUGGCUCUGAGUGGGUGGAUUGUCCAGCAGGAUUCACAAUUCAGAUCAAAGGUUAUCAGGGUUUAGUUUUCUGCCCUGACAGGAGGUUGUGCCUGUACCCUGACAUCACUCCUCCCUCUGAUGAUACUAAUAUGUUUCCUACUUCUUACGCAAGUGACCCCCUUGAGAUGUUAACUUCAGCCCAGGAUGGGACCUGGUUGCCCCUCAGACCUCCUACAGAGCUCACUGUAUCCACAGCGCUCUGCCUCACUGCUGCUGCGUGUCUCCUGGCUGCACUCAUCGUGUCUUACAGGAAGUGCCGCUCCUUCAUGGUCAGGAUCCACAAUAUCCCAGAGGAUCACAGUAACCUUUAAAAACUUUCACCAUGAAGUUUCAGCGUUGACAGACAUAUAUAACAUAAAGAAUAAAGACAUUAUUGAGUAACAGUGUCCAGCAAAAUGAUUGUGGUAGAAAUCUGAAAUAAAGACUGUACAUGCAAA